UUUUACCCCGCAACUUCCCCAAAUUUGAACUGUAUUCAUCUCCCGCUUUUGCCCUAAUUUGACACCACUCUCAGGCGCAAACUUCUCGGCAUUCUCUUCUCCGGCGAAAUCGAGUUGCAUCAUUUGAUUGAGAGCUAUAAUCAUGGCAAAAAAUCUCAUUCAGAGGCCGCUAAUCUUUCAAGAUGAAAACUCGGACAUAUACCUCAAAAAGGGUGUGAUAUCAGGCAAAUCAAAGAGCGGUAAACCAGAAGCUAUUAAGAAAGGUAUUAUAGGGCUUAAAAGUCGUAAUGCCCUCAAUGACAUCACAAACAAGUCAACUGCCCCUCCUGAAGAAGCAACAAAGAAAAAGAAUUCACAGAAGGAGCUUAAAGUUCCAAGUGAGGUUAACAUUGCAGAGGAGACAUUUCUUCAUGAUCACAAAAAAUGCAUUGAGGCACAAAGAUCAGUGAUGACACCAAAACAUUUCUUGGAAUUAGUUCUGCCUGGAUGUGAUUCAGCUACUCCUAUUGAAAUACCAAAAAUGGAUAUGGGAAUGAGUGAUCAAGGAAUGGAUAGCCCACGCUGUUACCCUGUGCCAGAAGAAUUGCCUAUGUCGUUCUCUUGGUUGAGAUCCUCAUGGAAGUCUCCUCCAUCUUCUCCAAAGAAGAGGGAUUCACCACCCUCUCCUUUUCGAUGGGAGUUUGAGUCGGUUGAAUUUACAUUGAAGGAAGAAAAUGAUUGCUGAAAGUGUAAGCACUAUUUGGUUAAUGACAUGCACAUGUAUCAGUGACUCAACAGCUUUGGAUUUGAUUGACUCCUCUAGUUUUUCACUAACACUGGGUGACUUGUCUUUCUACUUCUAAGAAAUUAGUUUGUGCUAAUGCAAGGAAACUGGUUAAUUUUGGCGGUUGUAAGUUUGUGAAUUGUGACACCUUGUAACUUGAAUCGACGUUUAAUUGAUAUGUAUAUUUAUGAUGGUUUGCUAAUGGAGUUGAUUAUUUGGGUGCA